AUGUUUGGAAAUGCAGUACAAGCGGAAAAUUGUGCCAAAUGGACAGCUUGGGGUCCAUGUAUUUGGUUAAAAGGUAAUAAUUCACGAUGGCAACGUUCCUAUUUCGAUCAAUUGCUACCUGGGAAAAAUGGUUGCCGUGAACAUAUUUUUUUUAAACUUUUACGUGAACGUUGGAGCGUGGCUUUCAAUAAUUUCUAUAAUUAUCUUCGCAAUGUUACCAUCAGUACACAACAAUGUGGCCAAUGCUCCUAUCAACAGAGUUGUGGAAGACAGUGUCAUCGGCGUGGUAUAACUGAUGCGAUCAAUCCGCUCUUCGUUGCGGAACGUAUUUGUGCUGGAGUAGAUCAGUCGGCGGCAUGUGAAUCGCAGUAUGUUGAAGGAUGCAAGCAUUGGCCGAAUUCAAAUAUCAAGCUACCCAAUGUAACUGAUACCAUGCAAGAGAUAAUUGAUAAAAUCGAUUAUCUAAGCUGUAUACCGCAGAAAAAGCCUGACGGGACAAGCGUAUGUCGUUGUUGUUGUCAUCCAUAUGAGCCACAUGCGACAACUAUGAAAUGUGAAUUGAAGCCAUACUUGAACAUGAAGAAGCAAGAAUAUCUUUACGAGAGAGUGCAAUCUAUUGCAGAUUGA